GUUGCUUUUUUAUUUAUUUGGAUGGAGCAUGGCUUUSGAUGGAGCAUUGCUUUCGAUGGAGCAUGGCUUUCUGUCUGAUGUUUCACCACUAAGGCUACCUGUUUUUGUGGACUUAAUAGAUKUAUUUUCCCCAACAGGUGUAGCUUUGGACUUCUCCACCAAAGGCUCAGGGUUAUAUUCAGGAAUGAUAAUCCCCCCAUAUUCCCAAGCCAGAGUCAAAGGAGCUGUUGGGACACACUUUGGCACGAGCAGUGUCCUGAGAUCCUCCAAUGGGGUGGUGUACUCUUCAGUCUCAGUACCAAUCCCAUCCACCUACGCCAUCACCACACAACCUGGGUCCAUAUUCAGCACCACUUACAACUCCCUGUCAGCGGGCAUGCACACCAGCGACACCAUGCCAUCCCUGUCCACUCUCCAGAACCAGCCCAUGACUCGGUCCCACAGCUUCAUCUCCACCACCUCUGCAGACGAUCAAGGGGACGUCCCCCUCAACCUGGAGCUCGCUAAAGAUGGCAUAUCCACCUCCGCGGCCCUCACCACCAAAACGGUCACCCUGGCCCUGGAAAGGCUGGACUCGUACACGGACGCGUCCCUGGAGGCUAUCGCCGCCUCGCUGGAGGCCCUGUCCUCGCCCUGUGUGCYAGGGGAGGGCCAGUACCAGAUGCAGCGUGAGAUUCUGGAGAUGGAGAAGUUCAAACAGCAGCGRUUGGCUGAAGAACUGGAGUGGGAGCGUCAGGAGAUCCARCGCUUCCGCGAGCAGGARCAGAUGCUGGUGCAGAAGGAGCUGGAGGAGCUGCAGUCCAUGAAGCAGGCCAUCCUGUGCCAGCAGGAGGAUGAGCGCCAGGCCCACCUCAUGAUGCAAAAGGAAACCUAUGCCCAGCAGCAGCAGCAGCUAGAGCAGAUCCAGAGGCUCCAGGAGCAGCUCCGAGCACAACUGGAGGAGCAGAAGUUCCGGAAGAUGUACCCGGGGGAGGUGUUGCUGGGGCAUGGCCAGCAGGAGGCAGUCGUCCUGGGGCCGGACGGCACCGAGCUGGCCCGGAAAAUCAUGGAUAGUGGGUGCCAGACGGACGACGAGGACAGUGUUGUCGAUAAAGCCUACACGGCGGGGAGGAAGAAGAGAAGCACGGCCAAGAAGAGCGUAGACAGCUGCGUGCAGACGGACGAUGAGGACCAGGAGGAGUGGGAGCCUGYUCGGGCCAGACGUAGCAGGCCUCGCACGUCAAGGGGGGACAGAGGCGGACAGACUUCCGAUAUGUCCAUUCAAGCUCACUCUGAGAUCUCCAUACAGACGGACUCUGACAGGUAUGGUAAGAAUGGACGCCAGGAUGGAGCUCUCGACUCGGAAGUCCACAUUGGGAAGACAAGAGACGGCCCACGCCCUUGGAGAUAGAACAGUCUGGCCACCUCAGAGCUGACCCCUCCUCACUUCAGGCCCGCCCAAAUCCCCAAUGUUCUCUACUCCCCCAUAUCCCUGCAUAUCCCCGAGCAAAUCCCUUGAGUUUGUGUCCUAUGAGAAAUCACUGGUGAUACAAGCCCACAGAGAAUAAGAGGGAGUACUGAUCCGACAAAGUCUCUCCAAUCGGCAGCCCCAAGGGACCUAAGGCAUGCAGAGAUCAUGUCCGACCCAGCCCAUGAGUCCCACUGGAGAGGAGAGGGCAUCAUCCAGUUUCCAGUAUGGCGACGGUUCUCUGGCAAAAGCUCGUCGGGCAGCACACAACUGGCACCGGCAAGAAGGUGAAGAGGACCUCCCCAACCCGCCCUCGGAGGAGGAGGCAACAGCCGCCGGCCAGACGGCCAACAGCACAGGCUCGGCCCGCCGUCGCAUGUGCCGCAACCCAACAUGGGAGGGCCAAGAUCCUGCAGGAUAUUGACCGUGAGCUGGACAUGGUGGAGCGUGAGUCGUCCAAGCUCCGCCACAAGCAGGCGGAGCUGGACGAAGAAGAGAAGGAGAUCGACGCCAAGCUACGCUACCUGGAGAUGGGCAUCAACCGCAGGAAAGACGCCCUCCUCAAGGAGAGGGAGAAGAGGGAGCGGGCCUACUGCAGAGCGUGGCCGAGGAUCGUGACUACAUGUCAGACAGUGAGGUCAGCAACAUCCGGGAGACACGGAGCGGCGUGGCAGUGGAGAAGAUGAGAGAUGGGAAGUCAGGGCUGGAGCGCCCAGGACGGCACCCCAGUCAGAGCUGGAUGAUUUUGUGCCACCACAGACCACACACGAGGCCCAGUACGGCACGUACU